CAAGAAGCGAAACGCCCUUUGCACGAUCAUCCCACGUUGCAAAGACCUUUCUCACCUGCUCGUAUAAUUUUCGACACAAUUCUUCCAAAGUUCCAUGAAGUUAACGCCGCAUCCAUUCUUCCUCAGUCACAGCAUCGACUCUUCCUGAUUGAUCCAUACCAAAGCGUUUCCGGCCAGACACGUAUCCAAUCCAGUACCACACGUUUCGGCAGUAUGUCGGGCUCCUACAGAGAGCAUUUACUGCGACGAGAAAUGAUAAGAACCGCAGAGUACGAAGAAGCUAUAGCGCGACUGGAACACACAGCUAAAGAUGAGUGGUUGUCAAUCAUGAAAGACGAUUUCCGAGGAUGCAAGGCGAGUCUUCAAGCCGCCGGAGUGACAUACGAGACCAGCUCCAAAGGUUUUCGCACUGAGAAUACAUCCGGAGAACACCGCCUACCAUCCAUCUCGAUUUCGGAACUAGUACAAGCAGCGUCGACCGAAUCCGAGGCCUGGGAGGAUCUCAUUGCCCCUACGCUCACUUACUACCACCCUCAAACAGGUUAUGAUCGCCUGAAGAAAGAGCUUCGAGUACAUGAUCGAGAGAGGAGAAUAAUACAAGAUGGGUCUAUCGAAGCGUCAGGAGCGACGGUACACGACCAUAGAUCGGAGGAGCUCAAGAACGACAUUGCCAAUCAGAGGGAAGAGAUUUUACAGUGUAUAUCGAAACGAUCUGGCCUUUCCAACAAAGCAUACACAGCAAUGGUCACGGCAAAUCGCGCCGCAAAGAGUAACAUCGAGGUACCCGGUGUUGGCACAUGGAGUCCUUUAUCGGCUGCACCCAAAACAGCCACUACUGCUCCUAUACCUUCGCCUAUCACAACCACUACAAGCCCUAUGUCCACAGACAUCAUAGUAACUACUGCACAGGUCAAGGUCACUGAUGUGCCUUCUGACGUGGUGGUCGUCACGAAGGACGUCCCCGGGACUGCAGCUUCGGAUGUGGCUACCCCUGUUCUCACAAGCAAGACCGCCCUCGUCAAGGUGGACGAAAAGCUAUCGAAAAUCAUUCUGUGUCCUCAACAAAAGCAGUACAGCAAUGUCAAACGCAUCGAACCAGAUGCUCUCAGCGUUGGCGACAUCGGCUGGUUCCCCGUUCUGCGUCCAACUUUGUUCGCAUCUUCCUCCGACAUUCACACUGAAUUUGGCUACAUUUGCGCUAAAUCGUAUCCGAUAAUCAUCGUGGAGAAGCUGGACGACUGUAUGGUAGGCCUGAUAAUCUCGACAUCGGGUGGGAGUGGCCUGAACCGAAAGGGCCCUUCCAUCAAAAGCCGGAGCGUUCCUAUCGUCCACGAAUUAUACAGACAUUCCACAUCAUUGGAAUGGGGUACCAACAUGUAUCCCAAGCGAAUGCUCCGGGUCGACAGACACGGUGAGUACAACCCCCCUUCAGGCGCCUACGUCGAUAUGCUCAACACUAUCACGAUACCCUACGACUCGAGAUACAAGAAAGAAGGCAGUAUAGUAGCAGCCGAUGCUCUUCCUCUCCAACAGAUGAGGCUUUCGGCGUUCCUCGCUACCACUGGAGCUGGAAGAUCUGGAAGUUUCGUAGAAUUCCGUAACUGGCUCGACAAAUGGGGUAGCCAGUUCGGUAUUGUUUCAGGACUCACGGAAAUGGUCGACAAAGCAAAGGCAGAGGCUCCAGCACAGGGUUUGGCUUAAGCACAAGCGGAGAUCAAGGCAAAGAUGGAAGCUCAGGUAAAGAGAGAGGAGGAGGCAUGGAUGGAGGCGAAGUCAUG